GUUAUUCUUGUAGAUGUGUUUACAUUUUUUUUAAAGAUUCGCUUAUAAGGUGUAUCGGGUCAAGUGGAUCUAAUACAAUGAAGUUUCAGCAACAGAAUUCAAUUCUAGAAUAUUUUAUUAUUCCUUUAUCAUAAAGUGUGAACAGAAGACAAUCAUUGGUAGAUUUUAAUUAUGGUUGUUGAUCCAAACAUCGCCUGCAACAUAAUGAUUUCAAUAGGCAAAUUGGACGCCAAGGAAAACUUUUCCGAUUUCACAGUCGUAGUGGAAGGCCGAGAAUUUCGUUGUCACCGCUUUCUCCUGAAUGCAUGCUCAGGCUUUUUCAACGCACUUUUGCGUUCCGGAAUGAAGGAGGCAUCUGAAAGCUCGGUAGUUGUUCACGGCAUUUCCAGCAAAACUUUCUCUACCAUAUUAGAAUGUCUCUACAAAGGAGCGAAUGUGAUAACACGGAGUAAUGUCAUUGAUCUGUGGCAUGCUGCCAAUCUGCUUCAAAUACAAUUUCUUAUCACAGAAUGUGAAAAGUAUGUCAUUGAUAAACUUAUUCCCGAAGAUAAACAAGAUGUCUAUGCUCAUGCUAAGUUGUUAGAUUCAAGUGCUGUGCUCAAGUCUCUUUUAAAUCUUAUUGCUAAAGACUUUGAAAAAUUUUCUAAUAGCUCCAUAUUUUUACAGCUGUACCCUGAAGAUAUUCUAUCAUUAAUACAGCAUGAAGAGCUGGAAGUGUCAUCCGAAGAUGUUGUUGUUUAUGCUAUAUUACGAUGGGCCUCCCAUUCUAAUGUAUUGGAAGAAAAUCAGCCAGUACCCUUAUCUGACAACUCUUCAAAGUCAACUACACCGGAACAAGAAAAAAGAUGUACUCCAACAGAAAUCUUAUCAAACUCUGAAAAUAUUGGAGCUCAAACAGAUGUGCUAGUGCCUGCUUCAAAAGAAUAUGAGGAUGAAAACAUGGCAGCAAUGUCAAUGUCCGAGCUAAGUUGCAGUGAAAAAGAUGUUACUACCUCUGAAAAGAAGAUAAAUCGUCAAGAAUAUUUAGGCCAACUGUUAUCUGCCUGCAGAAUCUGUUUAGUCAGUACCGACUGUGUGGAGAUGUUGCUGAGCAUGGAUAUUGUGUUGGAGAACAAGCAGGCCCUCUUAGCCGUCCGCAAAGCUAUACUCUACCACUUCAAGCCUGGGCCAUGGUCUUCUCUGGCCAUUCAUCGACCCACCAGUCCCAUGGAGAAUGUGAUUCUAUUUGUUGAGAAGAACUUUUUAAAGGCAUAUAGUGUUUACAAAAACAAAACAUUUUACAUCAGUGAAUUGCCUGAAGGCGCAGAAAGCUGUGCCACUUUGUCAAUUAUCAACAGUCAGAUAUUUUUGUUGAUACAGAAUCAGAAAGGUCGAUUCUAUUCUUCUCUGACUUCUUUAUUCAUCUUCACUUCCCCCAAUUGUUGGUCACAGGUGCUAGAAAACACCAUAUUUCAACAUAACUUUGCUCUGCUUAAUAACUUUAUUUACUGGAUUACAGAUUCUAAAAUUUGCAGAAUUAAUACCAACCUUAUGCUCUAUGAUGAAUCUAUUCCAGCUGAGAUUGUCCUCCCUUUGUCUGUUGAACGAAUCUUUAUUGUGAAAAACACUUUAGCCUUUGGUCACAAAAUUUUGUUCCUUUGUAGUGAGGAUCAGCUCACAAAUUUUUCUGUCAUAUGUUUGGACACUCACAAUUUAAAAGUGAGUCGACACGUUUUGGAAGGGCACAGUGGGCAUAUUGUGAGCUUUCGAGAUGAGUGUAGCACAUUUCUUCUCUUCCAGGAUGGAACUCUUCAAAAAGUAGUUGACUGUCCAGAUGGAGGGGUCAUCUUUCAGUUUUUAACUAAACUCUGGGGUUUCAUGUGGGAUGUGCGCGGUGCAGUGGUCUUUGAAAAGCAGCUGUACCUGUUUGGUAAUCUCCACAAAAUAGUGGACCUGUUGAAUGUUCAAGUUAUCCCAGGGCAAGCUUUAGUCUAUGAUGCUGAAGUCAUGAAGAGUUUAAAAGUUCAGUGGCCGUGGUCUGCAAACCUGCCAGGCUAUUUUGAUAAAAUACAUGUCAUUUUUGUUGAUGGGCGAUCACAGUUUCUCCCUUUUGUUGUACCUAAGAAAUGGAUGGAUGAGAAACCAUCUAUAUAAGGAGGCAAAUAAUUUUAAUUUUUUAAUAUAUAUAUAAUUUUGUUUUUAAUGUAUACUAUUUCUUACUGUGAUUUUAAAAAAAAAAUAUUUUUUUUUUUAAUUUAUUUUUCCACUGAUGUGUGCUUUAUUGUCUGAAAUUUUACAUUUGUAAAAACAUCUUAAUGAAAAUAAAAAACAUUACUUAAAACAUGGAAAUGAUUGUGUUGAUUAAUAGCCUAUCAUAGUGUUUAAAAAAAAAGUAAUGUAGAUUGAUCCUUCUCUGGUAUGAUUUAAAUUGUGCCCAAGUGUUAGUGUUCUGUUCAAAGAUUUAAAAUUGGUUGAAUUUUAAUUUUUCUUUAAAAAAAACAUUUUUUUAGAUCAUCAAAAAAAUUUCAUUUGCUAAUGAUUUUUGUAAAAAAAAAAAAAAAAAAAAAAAAAAGUGAAGUUUCCUUUCAGUGUAAAUGAUGUAAUGCUUUUCAGUCUUUAUAGUCACAUGAGUGGCUGCAUAGAAGUUACCAUCUUUGCUUUCCCCAACUAAUGCCUGACAACCUUAGAGGUAUGCGACUCAGGGAUGUCCUAAAAGUGCUAAUGUUCAAAAUCCCAGACUUCACCUGGAUUCAAACUCCUGACACAUUAGUUUAGAAGUCAAGGGUGUUAAUACUUUGCCACCUAUGAUUUAAGUACAGAUUAUUUUGUAAAGACUAUUCCUUUUUUUUUAAAUUAAACAAAACAGCACACUUGAUAUUGAACAAUUAAUCCAGUUAAUAAUGCAUUACAAGUGCUGUACAAUGGUUCUCCACUAUGACAAAUGUACAUAUUUUAUACUUUUAUUUUUAAACUAAGAUCUAAUUGAUUUUAUUUCCCACUUUGCCUGUACAGUGGAGUUAUUACUUCUGUGAUUUCCUGUUCAUUAUUGCAUUUUUAAAGUUUUAUAUAUAAAAUUUUCUACAUAUUAAUGAUCUACUUUAUUCAUAAAUUUUUAUAUUUAUAACUAUUGUUGCAAUUUAUAAUGCUUGGUUAUAGACUAUUUGUUCACUGGUAAACCUAAGUAUUUGAAUAACUGUAUAAUAGUUGUCAUAAGGACUGAAGUUUAUCCAAUAGGACAUCAAAUGUUUUAAGACUAUUUCUAUCUGACAUUAACUUAUGACAAAGGAUGAGUGCAGUGUUUCACAUAGCCUCAUAAAUCUAUUUGUGAUGCAAGUUGAUUUUUUUUUUUAAAUAUUAUUUACUUUUUAGUUUCUAAUUAUUUUGCUAUAAGAUUCCAUUCUGAGUGUUAUUGAUAAUUAAUUGCAUGCUUCAUCUUUUAAAUCCUCUCUAAAAUUGAUUGAACCUUCACUCAAAUACUGGUAUUUAAAAACUUGUCAAAACGCAAACUAUUGUCAGUAAGUUCGAACAGAAGGUCUUAUUGUAGUCUGUCAUACUUUGGUCAUGUACACAAAAUGCCCCCUCAGGUUUGAAGCAGACUGUCUCAAUGUUCCCUGAGUGUGUCAAGACUGCUAUGGGUUUAGAUUGCUCACUUCUAAGUCUAGGCAACUGAAGGCUGCUCAUCCCAGGGAAUUACUUCUUAGUACUAUAACCUGACUGACGAAUUCUGUGGUACAACUUAAAUUUCAGUUGGCAGGUUAUCUAAAAACACCCCCCCCCCCAAAAUUAAACCAAACAGGUCAACUUAAAUCUACCCCCAUACAGACAACAGAUUUGUGUUCUAUGACUAAAUGUGUAAAUCACAGAUAGGUUUACUUAGUCACAUGACAUUCCAGUGCUGCACUAUUUUUUAGUCUUCAAAUGCCUUAUUGAAAAGAUUAAUACAGAAAUUGGAUGGUUCCAAGUCAUCUCUGUUUUUGUUAAUCAUGCUUCAAGUCUAAAGUGCUAAUCAAGUCUAGAUACUUUACAGUCUUUAGAUGUUUCUAGUAUGUGAUAGAUAUAUACUUCUAUAGGCCUAAACGCAAACUAGGAUCUUCUAUAACAAUAUUCUUGUCUAGACUACAGCCUUUUAAUGUUUCCAGGUCUGGAUCUGUUUCACAUAACAAAUGUCAUUCAUAGGUUGUGAUAGAUAUAGCUUUUUGCUGGCUUGCUUUAUAUUUACUGUGAUAUUGAAAUGUGUGAUAAAACUUUGCAAGAAUAAUAAUAAAACCCCAUUUAUAAA